UCCAAGAGCGCGGAGAGUCCGGCGGAGGACAUCUCCAAAAUGACCGACGAGGAGCUGCUGAAGUGGGGCAAAGAGGAGCUGGUGCGGCGGCUGCGGAGGGCGGAGGCGGGGAAGAGGAGCGCCAUCGUGGAGCACAGCAAUCUGAUGCGGGAGGUCAACCGGAGACUCCAGCAGCACCUGAACGAGAUCCGGAGUUUAAAGGACGUGAACCAGAAACUGCAGGAGGAUAACCAGGAGCUGCGGGACCUUUGCUGCUUCCUGGACGACGACCGUCAGAAGGGGAAGCGGGUGUCACGUGAGUGGCAACGCCUUGGCCGCUACAGCGCCGGCCUGAUGCGGAAGGAGGUGUCCAUCUACUUGCAAAAGCUGAAGGAGCUGGAGCAGCGGCAGGUGGAGGUCAUCCGGGAAAACCUGGAGCUCAAGGAGGUGUGCCUCAUGCUGGAGGAGGAGAGGGCUGCGGCCGUGGCUGGAGGUGGAGGUGGCGGAGGGCACGGAGGCCCCGGACGUAGGAGCUCCGUUGACAGUCAGAGCAGCCUGUCUCAGCUAGGUGGGGGUGUCCCAGUGCCUGGCCUGCUGCGGGACGUCGGCGACGGGAGCAGCACCUCCAGUGCAGGUAGCACCGAUAGCCCAGACAACCCCCACCUCAAACCCCCUACGCUGGGCUCAAACGCCAGCCCUGGAUCGAGGUGCGCCCCAUCGGAGCAAUUCCACAAACCGGGAGACGUGUGCGAAUCCACUGGCAGGAGGCACAGCUCCACUCCAGAGUACCACACCUUCCCACAGUCCUGCCGCCCCCGUGGGGGCUCCCUGACCAACCUGGACCCACUUGGCCCCCAAGCGCGCAGCCACGAGAAACAAGGCAGGUCCCCGACCAGGCUAACGUGCCACCCCCACGCCAAUCCCUGCAGCUCGGACCUGCUAGCCCACAAACAGCUGUCCAUGUCGGGGCAGGCGUCACCUGGUGGCGGGAAGGGCUCUGCCAAGUCCAGCCCGGAGUUGAGUCAGAGACACCGGUUGGUCAACAUGGCUGGGGCGGGCUGCGGUAGUCCAGAGGCCAAGCUGGCAGCGAUGGGGACACCAGAGCACCUGAGGAAAGGGAGGGUGAUUGUGGGUAGUCCGGAGUCCAUAAGGCACCACCACCACCACUAUCAGCACAGCCCUGGGGCUGAGCAUGGCAAGGGGAGGUAUGGCAGUGGCUCCCCCGGCCGGGACGGGGGUCAGAGUAGGACAGGGGGAGAGGAGUUGGCCCCCCACCAUCAGAGUCUGUACAACGGAGUUGGUGCUCUGAUAUCUGCUGGCUGCUGCACCCACUCCUGUAGGAACGUAAAGCUUUGGGACAGGUAA